AUGAGCACGAGAAAGCGUCGUGGUGGAACAAUAAAUUCUAGACAAGCCCAGAAGCGAACUCGAGAAGCUCUCUCCACACCGGAAAUGGCCGUGGAAGCAGAACCCAUAGAACUUGAGGAAAGUGCUGGAGAUGAAAUAGUGGACCUCACCUGUGAGUCCUUGGAGCCUGUGGUUGUUGACCUGACCCACAAUGACUCUGUUGUGAUUGUUGAAGAAAGGCGGCGGCCCCGGAGGACAGCAAGGAGACUACGCCAGGAACACACCGACAGCUGUGUGGUGAGCAGUGAUGAUGAUGACUCGUCCAGAGACCGAGAUGUGUAUGUGACCCCACACACGCCCAGAAACACCAGGGAGGAGGGCACGGUGGGACUCAGGCCUUCCGGCACUGUCAGCUGUCCUAUCUGCAUGGAUGGGUACUCCGAGAUUGUGCAGAACGGACGUCUCAUCGUUUCCACUGAAUGUGGGCACGUCUUCUGCAGCCAGUGCCUCCGUGAUGCCCUUAAAAAUUCCAACACCUGCCCAACAUGUAGGAAAAAGAUCAACCACAAGCGGUACCACCCCAUUUAUAUAUGA